UGAGUGCUGACAAAUGACAACUUUUAGGAAUAUUUUUAAAUUUGAAUUUUUAGUCUUGAAUCUUGAUUGUACAUUCAGCAAUGAAUUAAGUUUUACUAUAUUGUGUCGACGUAUUUUAUGUUUACCUGCCUGUGUGAAUUAAGGUCUGGCUGAAGUGAAUAGUCUAAUAAUUAAAAUCUCUCAAGAACAAGUAUUUUUGUAACAGGAAAAUGAGUGACCUUUUCUUGAGCCCGGAACAUGUUCUCCAAGGGGGCUACUUUCAUGCCACCUUGAGAAAACUUCAAGAACCCAAUACAAGCAUAGAGCCGCACAACAUAAUGUAUCCAGUUUUUUUACUGGAAGACAAAGAUGCCAUGCAAGCUGUAUCUAGUAUGCCAAAUGUGUACAGAUAUGGUAUCAACAAAUUGAUACCAGCUUUAACAGAAUUGGUUGAUAGGGGUCUUCAAUCAAUUCUUAUAUUUGGUAUUGUUGAAACUUUACCCAAGGACCCAACAGGCUCCAGUGCUGACUGUCCAGAAAACCCAGUUAUUAAAGCUUUGCCAAAAAUUAAAGAAGCAUUGCCAAACCUUGUAAUUGCAUGUGAUGUGUGUUUAUGUCCAUAUACAUCCCAUGGGCAUUGUGGCAUAUUGACAAAUGGGGCAAUUGACCAUCCUGAAUCAGUCAAAAGAAUUGCUGAAGUGUCUCUAGCAUAUGCUAAAGCAGGAGCUCACAUAGUAGCCCCCUCGGAUAUGAUGGACAACAGAAUUAAAGCAAUAAAAGACGCGCUAUUCGAGAAUAAGUUGCAGAAUCAGGUGUCAGUAUUAUCGUAUUCCUGCAAGUUCGCUUCAUCCAUGUAUGGUCCGUUCAGAGAUACAAUGAAGAGUUCACCUAUGGCCGGUGACAGAAAGUGUUACCAGCUGCCACCAGGCAGUUCUGGACUCGCUGCCAGGGCUGCGGCACGUGACGUUGCCGAAGGAGCAGACUUCUUGAUGGUAAAACCCGGUCUUCCAUACCUCGACAUCGUGCGGCAGACAAAAGACCGUUACCCCAAUCAUCCUCUCUUUAUAUACCAGGUGUCUGGAGAAUAUGCUAUGAUAUCCAAAAGUGGCGAGGGAAGUGAAAUGGAGGCUGUUCUUAUGGAGACACUGCUGUGUAUGCGCAGAGCGGGCGCAGACUGCAUUAUUACCUACUUCGCACCUUUAAUUUUGAAUAUUUUAGCGAAAAAACAUUGAAUGGAUGGAUCCCAAAUCAUACCUACACGAUAAUGAAUAAAGCUGUUUUAAUUUUAGAUAAAUAAAGGGAAACUCUUUGAGCUGAUACUAUCUCUCUCUAAUUCUAUUUUGUGUACGAGAUAGAGAGAGGAAAAUUAAAUUUUAUUUUAUAAAAUAAUGAUAUUUAUACGAUUUGAUAUUUUAAGGCCAUAAGGAUUAAGGAACAAUUAGCUAUGUGUAUAUUAUGUUGUAUCGAUGUGAAUUCAAGUUAAUUGUAAGGUUUUUAUUAAUUGCAUAAAUUGGUGCUAAAAAUUGUUAUUAUAAUUGGUUUAUUUGCUCAAUUUAUUGUUUUAAGUACAAUUUCUGUUGUGAUGGUUUUAAUAAAUUUUUAUAUGAG